CUCAGGGGGGCUCGAGUUGAAGCUGCUUCAUCGAGCUCCUCCUCAGUGGACAGCAACCUAAUACCCUAAAGAUUAUAUGGGCAAACGAACUCGUUAAACAGUUGAUGGACCACGCUGACAAUUUUCAAAUUAAUGACAAAUUAAUGUGUAAAUGUUGACUUAUUGAUAUGGACGUGCUGAUUUUAUUAUUUUUUUUUACAUGUAGAAAAGUUAAUUGUAGCCUAGUGCAUCUUAGAGUUGACGCCCCCAUUGCUCUCAUAUAUAAAGGCAUCAAACUGAAUGACACAUUUACUGCAGCUCUCAGAAUCUGCAUCUGUUCAUCAUGACACCAUCUACCUCAAGAAGCAACACUUUUAUUCUGCUCUUUUAUCUGCUUUUUCCAUUUAUACAUGCCAGCUGUCCUAAAAAAUGUGCCAAUGGUUAUAACGUACGGGAUUGUAAGUGUGAAAGUAAUUGUUACCGGGAAACCAGACAAGGAAUCCAGACAUGUCAACGCUGCACCGAAAUGUGUUCUGAGGAUAAAAAUCAGAUGGAAGUAACUCCAUGCACUCAGGAAAGCAAUCGGGUGUGCUUCUGCAAACCUGGAUUUUACUGUGAGGAAAGAUACAAUUAUGAAACAUACUGCAAAUAUCCAUGUGUUGCCUGUGAGACCGGCACAUUCUCCAGCAAACCUUCUCUGGACUCAUUCUGCACGCGUCAUAAAGAUUGUGUUCGGUUGGGAAUGACGACACUGAAUGUGGGCAAUAAGACACACGACAAUGAGUGUGGAUAUGCAACACCAAAGAGGGGAUUAUUGUACACCCCCUCCAGUAUCAUUAAUACCAUCAAUACAGCUUCCACCCUGAUGACAGGGAGCUUGGUCGAAGAGAGCACAACGACACAGGAUGGAGAGAGCGUGUAUUCCACAACAAAGAUGGCAGCGUCAUCAACCCCCUCCAGUAACAUCUCUACCAAUACAGCUUCCACCCUGAGGAGAGUAACCAGGGGUGGCUUGAUCAAAGAGGACACAGCGAAACAUGACGGAGAGAAUGUGUAUACCACAACAAAGAUGGAACCAUCGUCCAUUCCCUCCAGUACCAUUAAUGCCACCUAUACCAAUACAACUUCCACCCUGAAGAGAGGGAGCUUGGUCGAAGAGAGCACAACGACACACAAUGGAGAGAACGUGUAUUCCACAACAAAGAUGGCAGCGUCGUCUAUCCCCUCCAGUACCAUUAAUACCAUCUAUACCAAUGCAGCUUCCAUCCUAAGAGAGGGCACAGCUCAACCCAUAGACCAGGACAAAGAGAAAAGCGAGUUCCAUUGGCUGCUGCUACUAAUCUUACUUCUGAUGCUCUUGUUCAUGGCUGGGUUUUGUAUGCUGAUGAAAGGCAAGGCUCUGAAAACCCUUUCAAAAUGCUUCGGUUUAAUAAAAGGAAAACAUGAAGAGCAGCAGCACUCGAUCGCAGGUGAUCACCAAAUUUUGUCCAAUUCCCAAUCCAACAUCUCAACAGACAUGGAGACUAAGAUACCGCUCGGCAAUAAUGUCAGAGAGGUCAAAGGUCAGAAUAUGGAGAUGACGCCCCAAUCUGGGGUUGUGCGGCAGGUCACAGUCGAGCACAACGGGAGGGGUGAGAACGUCAACAAUACUGUAGGGUCCAUCUACAUCUACUCUCCUGGAACAGUGAUUUUAGGCUCCAACUCGGGCGAUAAAAAGGAAGAGGCGGGAGUUUGCGAAGAAGCCCGUCCCCUCAUCGGCUCACCACAGCAAGAGUCGAAUCCACCCUCACAGGAGGUCAGAAUAAGAAUGAGUGCACAGGAAGAGGCCAAGGAGGAACUGAGCUUGAGUUUUCCUGUGCCAGCAACUGGAAAGUGAGAACUUGAACAUGUGGUUUUUUGCAUCAACUUCAGAAUUGCCUUCAAAAAGGUUCCAGGAUGAAUCACAAGGCUGAAAAUCACAAGUGGCCAGAUGUAAGAUCCCUGGUCGAUCGGGGCAUGAUAUUUAAUGCCAAGGUCAUGGUUUCACUUCCUGAGGAACACGCAUGCUGACAUAAUGUAUAGGUUAGGCUACCUUGAAUGAACUGUUGAGUCGAAUACCGAAUGCACAAAUGCUCUUGACGAAGAGCGUCGAGUAAUGAGUUUUGCUUUUUUGCACAUCAAGAUGAGUUACGCUUAAUUUACGUUUGUCAAUUUUACAAGAAAUGCACAUCUGAAUUGCUGCUGAAGCAAAAAAAUUUGAUAUCAGACAGUGUGUUUUUCCUCUUAGAAACACUGUAUGAAGAAUGUUUGCACAGGAGGUACAGACUAAAGGGUGAGAAAACACCCACGAAAGUGUUAUGACUAUGAGGUUUUCAUAACAUGUAUCCUCUAAGACACAGGCAAUAAAACUAAAAUGCAGGUGAUGCACUUGAAUUGUUUUAUCGUUUAAGUGAGUGGUCAAGAAGUUACAGACUUCAUCUGUAUGUUUAAACACAGGCUUUUGUUCUAGCAUGUGGGUGUUUAAUAUGCAUGUCUAAAAAUACCCAACCUCACCUCUGGAAAGAAGGCGUCUGAUUUGACUUCUGUAGGAGUUCAGGGCAGGCUGCGUUUACCCUGCAACCUUUACAGCACCUCUUAAAAAGGACAUUUCUAUAUUGUGAUAGAGUGCCUUCAUACAUCUCACGUCCUCCAUUCACUUUAGCAUGUGUGUUUGUCUUGUUUCCAGUCUCAGCUUUAUUUAUGUUGCUUUGUUUUUCUUCAUUGAUAUUUGUCUUUGGCAGUGUGCAUUGAGGUUUUGUUAAUGAAUGUGUUCUGAUGCAAACUAAUAAAAGCAAAUAAUGAAAUGCAAGCAAA